AUGAAAAAGACUGGAUCCAAUAACGGUUCAAACAGUGUACAGAAAGAACGACUGAUACCGGUGAGACGUCAGAAAUUUUAUCUAGGCGUUCGCCGUUUACUGGAACACAGCACAGUACAUGGACUCAGUCAUGUGUCCACUGCAAGCUCACGUAUCGGUCGAAGUAUUUGGCUCAUACUUUGGCUUGCUGGUGUAGCCGGCUUUUUUACAAAUUUAUCAUUCAUUGUGAGUCGUUAUAUGACACGUCCAGUAUUGACUAGCUACAAACACGAUCAUGAGUCGUUCAUCUGGCCGGACAUUACUUUGUGCAAUCCAAUGGCACCCUAUCCGGUACACCUACGCAAUAGGACAGAGAAAUGGAAUGAGCUACGUCUCCGGGCAACACGUGUGGCCAAAAAUAUAUCAGAAGAUUUGUUUGCAGCAAUUGAUGAUGCAGAACAAUUGGAAAUUGCUAUUCAAGCACUACUCUAUUCAACCAUUUCCCCCGAACAGUUUGGUGUUGGUGAGCCACAAGAAUUGAUACAGUUUGUUGCGGCCGACAAGGGCCGUAGUGGAAUACACCUGACUGUCGAAAUGUACAGUACAUUCACGGAUCUAGAUGCACCAAAAACACAAUAUUUUCAUGCUCAAAUGCUUCAAAAGAGGCAUAAUAUUCCAUGUUAUACCCUACAGCUAGCUCACGUUCUCAGUCAAGAGGACUGUUUAUCAACUAACCAAGUUUCACUCGGACUGAAAUUCAACCACGACAGUUUUCUAAUCAUCAAUUCAUCAUACGCUCCGCGCAACAUCGAUUUGUUCAUCAGCUUACCCGGUCAUUUUCCAGAGGACGAGUCAAUGGAAUUGCUCUCGGGCUAUACACACAAAGUGAGUGUUAGUAUGACACGAUUUAUCCGAGAACCGAAUCGUCUGCCUUGUCGUACGGACGAAUUUGUCGCGCAAAUGUUUGAUGCCAAUCUAAAAACACGGCGUGAAAUUGUCGGUUCGGCUGAUUUUUGUCACAAAUUGGUAUCCCAACGUUUGUACAUAAACAACUGUGGCUGCUACAGCCCUUUUCUACCUUACCCCGUGGUGGAUGAGCAUCUCCUAGUGCACGGGCAACCGGUCCUUUGUUUUAAUAUGAGUCACUUCAACAUCACAUCGAUUGAUCAAAACGCAAAGUGUAUGUAUGAUGUGUACACACAGUAUCAUGACCACUCCGUGUACAUGAAUCUGCCCGAAGCACAAUACUGUGAAACGUUCCGCUCGACACCACCAUGCGAAUCUACCAGUUACAUGCCCGAAAGUUUACGUCGAACUCCGAUUAUCGAGUUGUGGUCAGACACGAUAAACGAGGGACGAACGGCGUUUUUGACAAGUACCUUCGAAAGCGUGUUCGGUCCUGACCUGCCGGAAGAACGCAUUCGACAACUGUUGAACAAUUCCGGAAACAAUUCGAAUAUGUUUACAUACAUGCGUAACAAUUUUGGUAUGGUAACGAUAAGCCGGAAAUUCCCUCGGGGUACACUGACACAUGAAGAACUGGAGUAUCCUUUGUCCGAAUUGCUGUCCGACUUGGGUGGAUUGAUGGGACUUUGGAUUGGGAUUUCAGUCAUCGGUCUGUUCGAGGUGGUCGAAUUAUUGGCUUUCGUUAGCCUGAGUAUGAUUAGUGCUCUGAUUGAGCGAUGCUAUUCAUCUCGUUCUCGGACAAAGUGUUCCACGAACACGACCGAUGGAACUGCCAGUGCCACGCUCAUCAGUGCAGACCUCAAUGCAGUUCGACUGGCAAGCCCCCCAAAUUGUACCACAGCCAAAACCCAUUUACCUUCUGAUGUGGCUUUCGUUUACCGGUGUUCUAUUCCCCACGUCUUGGAGGCGUCCCAAACAAUAGCAAGGUCACCAUCUGGUUAUCGUGUCCCUAAGCCGAAUUCACCGGAUUCCAUUGGACGAAAACACCCACAUACACAAACACCAAGACCCCGAACCGCUGGGAAUCGCAAUAUACCCUAUCCCAUUGGAGGCACAGAUUCACCUAAAACACUGAAUAGAAUAGAUUCACCAGGUCGACACAAGCGAGAGGCUGAUUUGCGUUUCACUUACCAUGUGGACGACAUUGUUCUUACGGUUCGAGGUUGGUUGGUUCGCGCUUUUUGUAAUGAUGCAUUGCUGGACCAACCCAGUUAA